AUGGAAGCGAGACAGACCAUCAGAACACUUAAAAAUGCAGUUCUUUCCUACAGGGAAAUUGCAAAGAAAGUCAAGGUGUCAGUGAGUGCAGUUUCCUUCACCAUCAAAAGGCACUCAGAAACUGGGGGAAACUCUGAUGAAGAGCUGAAGUGCUCUGGCAGACCCAAAGCCACAACUGGAUCAGAGGACAAGUUUCUGAGAGUUAACAGUUUGUGUGAUAAGUGGCUCACAGGACAACAGUUUAAGAGUGGUCGUAGUAAGCAGGGUUUUGAGGAGGCGUUCCGUAAACAGGGCCGGCAUAAACAGAGAGUGUGGCUCAAAAUCUGCUCUAAAGGCGUUAGGAUCCUGGACGAGAGGACUGGGACUUUAGAUACAACUCUGAGCUGUGUCACCUGCAGAAGUACUCUGAUGACACAGCUAUUGUGGGCUGUCAGGAACGGUGAUGAAGAGGAGGACAGGCAGCUCACUGAGGACUUUGUGGUGUGGUGCAGUGUUAACCACCUUCAACUGAACACUGCAAAGACCAAAGAGAUGGUGGUGGACUUUAGGAAGAGCCGGCCAGAGCUCCAACCUGUGACCACUGAGAGGGACAUUGUGGAGGUUGUAAAGAGGUAUAAGUAUUUAGGCUUACAUCUCAACCACAGACUGGACUGGUCUAAGAAUACAGACCUGCUCUACAGAAAGGGACAGAGCAGACUGUACUUUCUCAGAAGGCUGAAGUUCUUUAACAUCUGCCAGAAGCUCCUGCUGAUCUCAUCUCCAGUGUACUCUUCAGGUGAGAUGUACGUCCAUGAGAAGAGCCACAUCAGCGCAGUGACCAGGGACGAGUCUGACCCCAGAGCCCUGGCCUACGUCCACCAACACACAGACAACUACUACCUGUUCUACCUGCGCAUGGCCACUCUGGCUGAACCCGUCCUGAGUGACAUCAGAGAGGUGUGUCGAGCUGUGGAGCAGGAGCCAGCCCAGGAGUCCCCGAGUGAGGCCCCCCAAGCUUUGCUGGUCGUAGAAGAAGCCUCCACACUUUCACCUGAGGAGCCUGCUCUGGAACCUGCUCUGGAGAAUGUCUUCAGCCCUCGUCUUGACUCAAAUCCUCAAAUACAGACGUCAGCCUCCUCUGAGCUGAUGGAGAUCUUCUGUGUUCCUCUGAAGGACCCCAUGGAACCAGACGUGUGUCAUGCUGCUGUGCCGGCUUCUGCAGGUGUGGAGCCUCCUAAACCUGCUCUGUCCAACAUGCAGAUCCUGUCCAUGUUCUCCCCACAGCCAGGGGGCGCUCCAUACUCCUCCUCUCCCUGGGCACAGCAGGGGGUUGUGGGUCCUCAGUGGGCGGGGCCUGUGGGUGGGGCUGCGGUGGCACCCUGGCCCACUCUGCCCAAUCACAUGACAGCAUGCCCACCUGCCGUGCCCCCUUCUGGACCAGUGAUGAACAACACCCCAACUCCAGACAAUGUUCCACAACCUGAGGACAGUGUGGAUGUGAAAGCUCUGCGGGCGCGCUUCACUGCCCCAGCCUCCUGUCACGACAGUGAGUCCCCCAAGUCAGGCCGACCCGUCCUGCUCAUACCCUUUAACCCCAUCACAGACACUAACCCGCCCCCUCUGCACAGACGGCCCCAUACCACGCCCCCUUCUCCACGCCCCCUUCUGCCCGAGGACCUGCCAGAACCACGCCCCCUUCUGCCAGAAACCACGCCCCCUUCUGCUCGAGAACCUUCCAUAGCCACGCCCCCUUUUGCCCGAGAACCUUCCAUAGCCACGCCCCCUUCUGCCCGAGGCCCUGCCAGAACCACGCCCCAUUCUGCCCGAGGACCUUCCAUAGCCACGCCCCCUUCUGCUCGAGGACCUUCCAUAGCCACGCCCCCUUCUGCCCGAGGACCUUCCGUAGCCACGCCCCCUUCUGCACUUGGACACCCAAGAGCCACGCCCCCUGUGGCCUCAGGACCCAGGUCCCAGCUUGGGCCUCUUCAAGCUCCCUCUGCCCCUGUGGAUUGUAACAAAGUACGUCAAACAGGAGAGCUUCUGCAGAGCAUGAUGCUGCGGCACCAGAGGCCCCCAGGACCCAGACUGUCCCCGGUGCCCUCCUUGUUCCCAACGCCCCUCUCUCCCUCUGCCCCUCACAUCCGGGCCCCGUCCAUGCCCUCUGUGGGCACCGCUGUCAGAGCCCUGCCCAGACCAAAGAGCACUGACGAUGUGGCCCCCCUCAGGAAACCACUGCCUGCCAUGGCCCCCAGACCCCCCAAACCCAAACGACCUCCUCAGGUGAACAUAGAGCAAUGGAAGUCCUCAAAAGGAGCCCCACCUAGAGGACUACCAGUGCCUACAGGUCCGCGGGGCACCUCAGGGUCUCCUCUCCCAGGGGUCCAACUUGUCUCCAUCUCAGCUCCCACGGGGGCCCCCAGACUCCCACAGAGAGACAACAAACCAGGACGACUGCCCAGACAGUCCACCACUGUGGACAUUGAUGAUGACCAGGAGCCAUAUGAUGACAUCGGGAGCCUGGAGAUCAACGACUCCUGGAGCGACUCACAGAGCAAAGACGAGAAUGACGAGAUCUACGAGGACAUAGACGCAAAUCAAAAGGAGCAGAUCCAGAUGGCGUCAGAGAAGGCCAGAGUGGAGGUGCCUGAGGUGAAGCUAAACAAGAAGGAGGUGAAGAGGCAGCUGGAGCAGGAGAGGAAGGAACAGCAGGAGAGGCAGAGGAGAGAAGAACAGCUACGCAAGAACUUCCAGCUGCAGCUGCCUGUGGAGGUGCUGCACACAGCAAGUGUGCGUCACGACUGGAGCGGCACCAACAAACUGGACCUGAGCGUGAGACAAGGGGACAAAGUGGACAUCAUCAGAGUCAAGGACAACCCCGAGGGGAAGUGGUUAGCACGCACACACUCUGACAACUAUGGCUACAUCAGUAACAGUUGUGUGGACAUUGACUAUGAGGCGAUCAGGCGUAAGGCGACUCAGAUCAAGAGGGUGGAGCAUUACGAUGGAGAGCUGCCCCCUCCCCCCCCUGACCCGCCCAGCUUCACCCAGCGCAGCUACGUGCACGACAUCCACGUGCAUGACAGCCACGUGCACAACAGCCACGUGCACGACAGCCACGUGCACGACAGUGACCCUGAUGAUGACGAUAAAUACGACGACGUGGACUUCCCUCCUCCACCAAUCGAGUUGAACAUCGACCCAAAGAUCGAGAAGGAGCUCAAGAAGAAGUUUAAGUUUGAGGGCCCUCUGAAGGUGCUGCAGACCAUGAUGGUGGACCCCAAUGCUCUCCUGAAGAAACCAGGGCCCAAAGACCUCAACGUGUCCCCUGGAGACGUCCUAGACAUCCUGCAGAUGCACAGCAAGAAGGCCCUGUGUCGAAACAAGUUUGGAAAAUUUGGUUAUGUGAACAAGUCUCAUCUUCUACCACUUGAGGGGGACAUUUAUGAUGAUGUCGAGUACCCCAGCGAUGUGUACGACAAUGACAACGCAGACUACUGACAAACAAGCGCCUCUGUUUAAACGAAAAACAAAACAAGUAUUUAGGAGAAAAAAACAUUGUUAUAUUCAUUCGAUUAAAGCUCGAGUAUGGAGCAUUAUGAUGAAAAUAUGCUGUUUUAAAGUGAAAUCAUUUGUAUUUUUACUGGGACUAAAAGUGAAGGAGCGAUGCUGAGAAGUAAACUGACUGUACAGAUGACACUAUGGAACUGUAACUUUGUGUGUGGAGUUUGGCCAUAAUUUAAAUAAAAAAAAUGUACAGUUUUACUUAAACUUUUCAUAUUCAAAUGA